GGGAAACCUCAGGGGUGGCGCGGGCUGGGGGUGGGGCGAGGGGCGGGUUCCUGGCGGAGGGCGGGUAGCCCCGGGCUCCCCGGUGUGCCAGCCGAGCCCUACACAGCGGAGGUGGCGGUGGUGGCCCUCGCCUGUGGCUCGCGUUCUGCGUGCGCUCGAACUUACCGCCAUGGAGGGAGUCCGGGAACCUCUGAGCGGGAAGCUCCGACUCUGCUUCUCUCCUGCUGCCGGGACCAGCGUCUUACUGCUCAGACUCAACGACGCGGCGCUGCGGGCUCUGCAAGAGUGUCCCCGGCAACAGGUACAGCCAGUGAUCGCUUUCCAAGGCCACCGAGGGUAUCUGAGGCUCCCAGGCCCUGGCUCGUCCUGCCUCUUCUCCUUCAUAGUGUCUCAGUGUGGCCAGGAAGGCGCUGGUGGUAGCUUGGAUCUUGUGUGCCAACGUUUAGGCAGAUCUGGGCCUAACCGCCUGCACUGCCUGGGCCCACUCAGGGAGCGCCUCACUGUUUGGGCAGCCAUGGAUUCCAUCCCAGCCCGAUCUUCAGCUCAGGGACACAACCUUACUGAAGAUGCCAGACAUCCUGAGAGUUGGCAGAACACAAGAGACUAUUCUGAAGGAGAUGCAAUAUCACAGUCACAGAUGUCAGUAGAAGAGGUGUCAGAUCCACUGGCAAUCAACCAAGGACAGUCACUCCCAGGAUCCUCAAGGGAGUACAUGGCACAGUGGGAAGUGAGGAACCAGGCCCAUCUUCCAAAUAGAGAGCCUGAUCAGGCACUGUCUUCCUCUACCAGCCGGAAAUGUCUAGACAAGAAACGUCCAGCUCCUGUAGCCACUAUAGAACUAGAGGAAAAGAGGUUCAGAGCUCUGCCUCUAGCUCCAAGUCCCCUACAAGGGCUACCCAAUCAGGAUUUACAAGAGGGAGAAGAUUGGGAGGAAGAAGAUAAGGAUAAAGACAUGGAUCCUGGCCUGGAGCACAGUACCUCAGUUCAAGCAGACUCUGAAUAUCCAAGCCCAGAAGAGGUACCAGAUUACCUCCUGCAAUACAGGGCCAUCCACAGUGCAGAACAACAACAUGCUUAUGAGCAGGACUUUGAGACAGAUUAUGCUGAAUACCGGAUCCUGCAUGCCCGUGUUGGGGCUGCAAGCCAAAGGUUCAUAGAGCUGGGAGCAGAGAUCAAGAGAGUUCAGCGAGGAACUCCAGAACAUAAGGUGCUGGAAGAUAAGAUAGUCCAGGAAUAUAAAAAGUUCAGGAAGCGGUACCCAGGUUACAGGGAAGAAAAACGUCGCUGUGAGUACCUGCAUCAGAAAUUGUCCCACAUUAAAGGUCUCAUCCUGGAAUUUGAGGAAAAGAACAGGGGCAGCUGAAGCUGUCAAGAGGGCUCUUGACCCUCUGCUCAGUGAUAUAGGAACAAAGUAGCUAUAAACUAGAGUGCAAUAUCUGCUUUCCCUAUGCUGACCAGUAGAGUCCAUGGUGGCAAGUAGAGAGCUGCUCUAGGUUCUUGAGGCUUGGUUUUCAUUGUUGCCAUAUUUUAAUUUUUAGGGUAUAGGCAGUGUGCCAGGACUCCACAGCUGUACCUAGCAGUCUAGGAACAGUAGCAGAGGCUUAGCUUCUUUACUUUUAGUUCAGCCAAGUAAUUUUCAAAUAGUAAGAACUGACAUCAUUUCUAGGACAAGAUAACUUCAGGACAUUAGACAAACUAAAAAGUUAAUGUAGCCUGGUUGGCUCCCUAAGGAAACAAUGAAAACUUGGUAACAGAGCUAAAGGAACUUAUAGCACACCUGGAUAUAAUGGGAAAGGGCUUGGGUGUUAACCAUGUACUAAAAUAAUUCUUUUAUA